AAUCACACUCAGGUGUGGUGUUACUCUCUCCGUUACGCCGGCUGAGAAAUUUAUAAACGUGACGCAAGCCAGCUGGGCGGAGUUUACGUCCAGGCACCAUGGCUUCGGUGUUAGGAACCGAGUCUGCCGGUCUGGCCAAGCGCGGUGUGCGUAAAGGUGAACCCACAAGGAAAGAAGGAAUGGAUUCAGCCAGCAAUACAGAGGAAACAACAGAUGACAACAAAGAGGCAGCAGCCAGACUGGCCUCUUCGCCCAGAGCCGAGGCAGUGUUAAAUGGCACCGAAUUUGAUGACAUCAGACACAAGAGCCCCACACACAGCUCUUCAGCAGGCAGCAACACAUCAUUAUUGGUCAACGAGAAUGGAAUGCUGGAGACCGAGCCACCCCAUGGCUCGGUUACUGGAAGCAAUGGAUUAAUCCUCAGUAAAAAGCAACAGGAAGGUGGCUCUCCAGCAACAGGGUUGGGAGUUGCCCCUCAUAGGACCAACUGGUUGCCUUCCCGCUCCACAUCAGUGAAAUUUGCACCAAAAUCUGUCCCGUCCUUGACGUCUAGUCAUGCACAGAGUUUGGAUGUACUAAGGACUGACUCCAGUGCAGGAACCACAUCGGGACAGGGGACAUCAGACACUAAAAAUGGCACAGCCCCCUCUCCUGCCCCUACUCCACCACCCGUCACAAUACACAGAGCACGCAAGACCAUGUCCAGGCCUGCUGUCAGCGCCGCACAAAAGCUUCUUAACAGGGAACUAAGGGAAGCAAACAGUGCAAAAAUGGAGAGAGCGGAGAGUCAUGUUGCACCUGAGGCGCAGAAGGCCCCACAGCAGUCUGCUCCACAGAACCAGCUACCUCAGAGUCCAUUGGACAUGCCAGCUUCAGCACAAGCAGCUUCAUCAGCUUCAUCAGUUUCACCAGCACCUCCGGCUACAGCCCCGGCCCCGGCCCCGGCCCCAGCCUCAGCCCCGGCCCCAGCCCCAGCCCCGGCCCCGGCCCCAGCCCCGACCCCAGCCUUGCCCCAGCUAGCCUCUUGCUCCCGAGUGUUGACAUCCCGAAAAAAGAAGAGGAGAAUGGGAAUGUACAGCCUGGUUCCCAGGAAGAAAACCAAAAUACUCAAGCAGAGAACCGUGCUGGAAAUGUUUAAGGAGCUACAACACCCAGACAAGAGCCAACAGGUAAAACAAGUAGGAAAUAUCAAUGGGGAGAGAGUAGAGAAUGAAUCUGAGGAGGACGAGUCGGAGGAUGUAGAGGAGUCCGAGGAAGAGGAGGGACAGCAGCCCACAGAUGACAGUGUCACUGCUGGCCAGGAAACAAGUAGAACAUCUGAAUCCGUCUCACAGCUGGGAGAUGAGCAGGAGUCUGACGAGUCCGGUGAAGAAGAGGGGGAAGAGGAGGGAACAGAGUCGGACUUGAGCUCAGAGUCCAGUGUGAAGAAGAAAGUGAAAAAGAAAACAAAGAGAGACAGUGCAUGGCUCAGGCCGUCCAGAAAACGAAAAAGGAAGACAAAGGCCAAAGGACCCGAGGCACUGGCUCAGCCCCAGGCUGCAACUCAGGCCCAAGCAGAACCCAGCAGGGAGUGCACCGACAUUCCCCCUGAGUCCAAGAACCUCAAGCCCCAAGAGUGCACACCUCCCUCGCAGAACCAAGGGAUAUCAGGGACAGCAGCGGUGGAGGACUCUGUACAGGAGCUACCACUCUGCACCUGUCGCAUGGAGACGCCCAAAAGCCGUGAGAUUCUCAUCCUCGCAGACAGGAAGUGCAUGGCCACGGAGAGCGUUUACGGACAGCUGACACGGUGCCAGGUUGCUGUACAAAAACAUGAAAUGAUGCGUCCCUCUAACUCAGUCCAGCUGCUGGUUCUGUGUGAAGACCACCGGAACGCCAUGAUCAAGCACCAGUGCUGCCCGGGCUGUGGCUUCUUCUGCAGGGCUGGGACGUUUAUGGAGUGCCAACCAGAUGUCAGUAUCUCUCACCGCUUCCAUCGUGCUUGUGCCUCGGUGCUGAAAGGCCAGAGCUUCUGUCCCCACUGUGGAGAGGAGGCCAGCAAGGCCAUGGAGGUCACCAUAGCUAAGGCCGACACCACUUCCACUGUACCUCAAACACUCACACAGGGACCGGCCACGCCUGGGGCCCCCGAGGGCAAGGCAGACACCACCACUGGCAGCUCAUCUCGUGUAGCUGUAGGUGCUGAACUUAGUGGCAGGGCAGACAGCUCGCUGUCUUUUCGUUGUGGACAUAGACUAAACACUGCUGCUACUUGUGGGGGAUCUAGGUCUGGACCACCACAGGCUGUGAUGGGACUGACGAUGGCUCCCACAGCCUCUCCAGGAGCAUCUAAGGAAACUCUAGAGAGCAUUCUUGUAGCUCUCAACAGCGAGAAGCCCAAAAAACUACGUUUUCACCCCAAGCAGCUAUACUUUUCGGCGAGGCAGGGAGAACUCAAGAAGGUCUUGCUCAUGCUCGUGGAUGGCAUAGACCCCAAUUUUAAGAUGGAAACUCAGAAUAAACGCACCCCACUCCAUGCAGCAGCUGAGGCAGGUUUUGCAGAGAUCUGCCACGUUCUCAUACAGGCUGGUGCAAACUUGAGUAUGUGUGAUGAGGAUCAGCGCACGCCACUGAUGGAGGCCUGUGAAAACAACCACAUGGAGACAGUUCGCUACCUGAUGAGAGCAGGAGCCAGCACCAGACACAGGGAUGUAGAAGGGUUCACAUGUCUCCACCUAGCGGCAAAGUCGGGGCAUUACAAGAUUGUUGAACACCUGCUGUCCACAGGAUUGGUAGACAUAGACUGUCAGGAUGACGGUGGUUGGACAGCCAUCAUCUGGGCUACAGAAUACAAGCACCUUGACCAGGUGAAGCUGCUUCUCCGUAACGGGGCUGACAUCAGCAUCAGAGACAAGGAGGAAAACAUCUGCCUUCACUGGGCGGCGUUCUCUGGCAGCGUGGAGAUUGCUGAGCUGCUCCUGGAUGCUCAUUCUGAUCUCCACGCCGUCAACAUCCACGGAGACUCUCCUCUGCACAUCGCUGCACGGGAGAACCGCAUGGAAUGUGUCACGCUCUUCCUGUCUCGAGGAGCAGAUAUCUUUCUGAAGAACCGUGAGGGGGAAAGUCCUCUGGACUGCAGCAGCCCCAACUCCAGGGCCUGGGGAGCCCUGCAGGCGAACAAGAGGAGCAAGGAGGCAAAGAACAUCAAGUCCACUCAGGGGGAGGAAAAAAUCCUUCACAGUGACAUAGCCCGGGGACACGAGAGAGUCCCCAUUCCCUGUGUCAACGCCGUGGACAGCGAACCAUGUCCCAACGGCUACAAAUACAUCCCUGAAAGCUGCUUCACCUGUCCCAUGAACGUCGACAGGAACAUCACACGCUUACAGUACUGUGUAUGUAAGGAAGACUGCUCAACAAGCAUCUGCAUGUGUGGACAGCUCAGUCUGCGCUGCUGGUAUGACAAGGCAGGUCGUCUUUUGCCUGAAUUCAACCAGGAGCAGCCUCCUCUCAUCUUUGAGUGUAACCAUGCUUGCUCCUGUUGGAGAACCUGCAAGAACCGCGUGGUGCAAAAUGGAAUGAGAAUCAGGCUUCAGCUCUUCAGGACCUCCAAGAAGGGAUGGGGUGUCCGGACACUGCAAGACAUACCCAACGGCACUUUUAUAUCUGAGUAUGUCGGGGAGAUCAUCACAGAAAUGGAGGCACAGACGAGGAACAAUGACACCUACCUGUUCACCCUGGAUGAUAAGAUGAGAAAUCAAUACUGCAUCGACGCCCGUUUCUAUGGAAACAUCAGCCGGUUCUUUAACCACAUGUGCGAGCCCAACUUGUUUGCCUGCCGAGUGUUCACAACGCACCAGGACCUUCGUUUCCCACACAUUGCCUUCUUCGCCUGUGAAAACAUCAAGGCUGGAGAGGAACUUGGAUUUCACUACGGUGACACUUUCUGGACUGUCAAAAACAAGGCGUUCAGCUGUGAAUGCGGCUCCUCCAAGUGCAUGUACUCGUCAGCGGCCAUGACCUCGCUACAGGCGGACAGCACACCCGAGGACCAGCAGCAGCCCAGCGCGUUGCCCGACACCAGCUCUCCCACCAGACCCUCCAGUCCUUCCUAAGUCCCGCUCCCACUAAGACUCAUUACUGUACACGUGCACACACACACACACACAGACACACAUGAAAUACACAUUAGACUUCUGGACCUAUGGAGGACUGUCUCCAUUCUCCAUAAACUCUACAACCUUUAUCAUUGAACUUGUACUGUAUCACCAUUUCUCCACUUUCUGAUUAAAAAUGAUGGACCAUCACCUGGGCAAGGACUAUCAAACCCACCAACAGUCGCCACACAGAAACAGAUGCACAAUCAAAUCUGGCAGAGACUCAGUACUCCUUCUAUCCAACCUUGUACAACACAAACAGUAGGGGGCAGUGAAGACACGCAAACGCCAGUCUGUUUCCUUUUUUGUUUUUCAUACAUUCUAUCUUUACCUGGGACUGAGAUUUUUUUUUUUUUAUUAAAGGAAAACUGGUUUGAAACUGUUAAAUGGCUUCACUUGUAGACAUGGAAUCAGACUGGGGGUAUGAGUAUAUUUUCUUUUGCAACGCCAAACUCAGCAUACAGCUGACUGCAACUUGUUUGACCCUUAUGGUCAUUUAUCUUGUGCCCUUCUGACAAAAUUGGCUGAAAAUGUUUUUGAUUGAAUUGUCCACUUUUUUAUUAUAAGCAAUGUCUGAAAGGGUGACUUAGGUCGCAUUGACUGUAGUAACUCAGUAAUGGUGCAAAGUUUUUAGUUCAUUUUUGUUAUUCAAAUGAAUAUCAUUUGUCCUUUAGACAGUUUCUGUGUAUCAUUCCACAAAAAAGAAAUGAAUAUACCUUGAAUGAAUUGGCUGACCUUUUUAUUAAUUGUUUGAGGGUAUUUUAUGCGUCAAAUUUUUGCCACACUUGUGGAAGAAAUUUAUUUGAUUUAACUCACAUGGAGUGAAAAACAAGCAAAUGGUGCUGACAAAGGUUUUACUUUUGUUUUGUUUUUUAUUUUAUAUUACCCAAGUGAAUAUAGUUUGUAAAAUAAGAGAAAGUUUAAUUUUUUUAUGUUUAAUUUUAUCUCCAGUUUUCUAACUGUAGUUACUGUAGUUAGCCCGUUUUUAAUUUUGUUUUAUCAUUUUGUUGACAAAGCCAACCCCUUACCCUUGUUUCCUUAAGUGUUGUUAGUAAAGCAGUGACUGUUGUGCGAAUCCUUGAAGGUAUAAACUUAAAAAAAGGUUAUAAAAAUGCACUUCCUUUUAUGUUCUGUUACAUAUUUCUGGACCGUGAAACAUUCAUCUAAUUGGUUGUAUCUUUUUCAAUAAAUUUACUACUUGAGCAUUA